AGUCAAUAAAAUCAUUCACCAUCGACUGUUUUCGCCACGAUAUACCACGGCGACGACAGUGAUGAUAACCAGAAGCGAUGCUUCUUGUUCUUGCCGCUGCGACUCCGGUUUCAAUUUCGAGGUUUGUCGCAGGAAAGGACAAAAUAAAUCGCGCCUGUCAUUGAAGCAAGAAUAUCAUUAUCCAUGGAGACGGAGAAAGACAAAAGUUGUCCGCAGAAGAGCAACAUGCUUUCAAYGGAYGAUUCCCACUUCUGGGAUAUUUUUMKCACUGGCUCUAUCGUUAUGGGUUUUUAGAAUAUUUCCUCCGACUACAAAACCUUCGAGUCAAGGAUUUGCCGCAUCUUGGACACAGCCGCUGCCAGCCAACAUUAAGACAAUACACAUUAGAAGUUYGCGGGCAGCAAAGACCCYAACGGUGAAUGGAAUCAUCUAUUCACAGCGGCGACCGAUAAUUCAUUCGCUCCAAAACGGAAUUGCGCACAGUGAGAGUUCUCUCUAUUCUGUUACUACUUCUGCUGAUGCGUCUGUCACAACAGAGCCAGCGGAUAUGGACCAGGAACUCAGCAGGAUAUUGGGCUUCGUUGACAACCUCCUGUUAGCAUCGCCGAACACUCUAGACAGAGAUUCCAUUCUAGAUCGAAUACGCAGCGAACACGAAACGGAUUUUCGCACGGCAGAAGCUUCGUGUCUAGAUAUUGAAGAUGCAGCGACGAGUACAACCAUCGGCUUAUCGACGCCCCCGCUCUCUUUUGAACGAGUUGGAUGCUCCCCCAUUCCAAAUAGUUCAAACAGCGACCAGAUCGAGGCAGUACAAGGCACUGGGAUGCCCCACAACAAUGAUUACUUGUCAUCGAUAUCACCACCCAACUCACCCAUUGCUUCAUCGUCACCCGAUGAUUCUUAUCCAUUCCUCGCGAUACGAUCUACGGAGCCGGUACUAGAUGCUUCGGAUGUUGAURCCAUUCGGUCAGCGGCUGAAGAUGUUUGGUCUGCCGAAAGCACUCAUUCCGAAUUUUCUAGCAGGUUCACUUAUCAAUACAGCGGAAAUUCCGAAGCACACGUCUUYGAUUUUGGCGCCGAUGAUGACUCUGCUGGAGCAAAGGCGGUUUCCGCUCUGAACAAGGCUCUGCAUACSAAAAUUUACCCCAUGAUCCGAGAGGCUUUCUUCCCGGAUYGUCRGCAGAGUGUUACCGAAAACGAGGUUAACGACGAAACGAUACUCUUUGUCUACGAUGCCCUGGUCAUUCGAUACAAUGCCACCGCUGCCGCCGAAGCGUCAUACGYAGAUGCCAGCGAGRCAGAGACCUCAGAAAUUUCCGCAGGACAACCCCUCCAUCGAGAUUUGGGAUUGGUAUCCGUCAAUAUYAUGCUCAACUCCGAUCGGGAGUUUGAAGGAGGAGGCACCUUUUUUGAAAACCAGCUCUGGAAUCCAGAUGCGGAAYGGAAAGRGAGAGAAGAAAUUGAUGAUCCCUCACUAGAUACAACGCCGUUGAAGCCACUYGGGGUCGGAUAUUGCUUGGCACAUUCGGCCUCGGAACGSCACGCMGGGGCCGGAACGAAAAAGGGCGUUCGGGAUAUUUUAGUCCUCUUUGUCUCCGCUGCAAACUUGAAAACGAACACAAGCAAGGAACACGAAAUAGCAACGAAGAACACCAGCGUCCGGGCACCCGCGGAGCUUUCCUCUUUGCGACUCAAGAGUUGCCGUUCCUUUUGCAACGGAAACGAAAUGAUUUAUAAUAAACCACAAAAUCCAUCCCCCGAACAAGAAGGGGAACUAGACCAACKAAAGAUGGAAAUUAGACGCCAUCAAUCCGUCUUGUUGUGCCGAAUUUUACACCAGCGAUUGGCAGUGUGCAGCACGRAAGAAUCAGUUUCGWMCUCAGAAAUUGUUGGUCGCAGCUUGCUCUCUACGAAUGCSAACUACAWUUACGACGGAGAAGCUCUACAAUAYCUAGGGACCGCUCUCAUGGAAUAUUCCGACUUCUGGCASGCCAUAAUCGGCGACGUCGGUGGAGUUGGUGAUGGUGAUGCUGCAUGUCAGAACAACACCCUCAAUGACAMAAUUGAUAUACUUAAGACCGCCUCUGAUUGCUUCCUUGCAGCAUCUCUAAUGACGCCUUGCGAUUCACGUGUCUUUAACAAUCAAGGAAUAGUAAUUGGRAAGAUUCGUGGAAUGAUUGACGCCGAUCAGCAGCACAGUGUCCUUCUUCGACGUUACGGCGAGGAUGAAGAAGAACGUGCGUAUAGAAAGGGGUUGAAAAUCCUUCACGGGUCCUUGAACGCGGGAUGCGCGGAUAUCGASCGUCAUCUAGAAUCAUUACUGCUAAACUACGGAUUGUUCUUAUCAAAUCUUGAUCGAUUCGAAGACGCAGUAGAUGUACUUGGCCRUUUCGCCGCAGAUGCGACAACUGCAGAWGUGGACACGACGAAUGACACAGAAACAGUGAGAUCAAAUGCAGUUCGCUUGUGGCGCUACUGCAAGCUACGAUUGGCUCAGUGACAAAUGAGAAGGGAAAGCUUCUAAUAAUUUCAGUAUUGAAGAAAAAGAACACAAAAUCACCCGAAAACUGCAGAUGUGGACACGACGAAUGACGCAUUAACAGUGAGAUCAAAUGCAGUUCGCUCGAAUGACACAGGAACAGUGAGAUCAAAUGCAGUUCGCUUGUGGCGCUAAUGCAAGCUACGAUUGGCUCAGUGACAAAUGAGAAGGGCAAGCUUCUAAUAAUUUCAGUAUUGAAGAAAAAGAACACAAAAUCACGCGAAUACAAUCCUGUGCUCUUCGUCGUUCGAAAUGCUUUGCAGUUUCGUAAUAUGUCAUAUUUAAAUCGACGAUGGGGCAACAGUAAUGUAAUCCUACGAUACAAAAGCUCAACCGAAAAGUUGGAGGAGUAAUUGUAGAUUAUUAUUUCUUAGUACUCCAGCUUGCUCUGUGAUGACUAAGAAACCAAUUUUUAUMAG